AUGGCUGCCCCUGCAGAUCAGCGUAUUGCUGUCCCUAUCGAUGACCCUAAUGCAGACACCGAGUGGAACGACAUUUUACGAAAACAUGGAGUCAUCCCCGAAAAGCCGCCUAGCCCGACACCUAUGAUCGAGGAGGCCAUUCUCGAGGGAAGGAGAUUAGCACACGAAAACAGACUCGAGGGGAAAGACUUGGACGAGCUUGACGAGCUGGAGGAUCUCGAAGACGAUGCCUUCCUCGAAGAGUACAGGCAAAAGCGCCUGGCCGAGCUGAGCAAGAUUCAGAAAAAGGCCGUCCACGGCAGCGUAUAUCCAAUUACCAAACCAGAAUACCAACGAGAAGUAACAGAAGCUUCCGAGAAGGGUCCCGUUUUUGUGAACCUUACCUCCUCAACGGGAACCAAUAUCGAGUCCAAGGUUCUCUCCGACUUAUGGCGUCAGGCAGCGCAGGAAUAUGGUGACAUCAAGUUCUGUGAAAUUCGAGCCAACCAGGCAAUCGAGAACUAUCCUGACCGGAACUGUCCUACAAUCCUCGUGUACAACAAGGGGGAUAUCGUCAAGCAACUGGUCACUCUUGUCACCAUCGGUGGUGUUCGAACUACCAUGCAACGAAUUGACGACAUCCUCGUUGAGGUUGGUGCCGUCGCCGACUCAGACCUGCGCGUUGUCAAGCGAAGGCGCGCAGCUGAAGAUGCCGAGGAAGAGCGCCUCAUGGCAGGCAAGACAAUCAAGACAGGUGUUGCUGGGAGAUCGAGGGGCGAUAGUGAUGAUGAUUGGGAUUGA